CACUUCGCCGCCCAUGGACAAGUCAGCUGACGGCACGCCCAUCUGCCUCACCUUCUGGUACGCCUACUUCGGUGCCAGCGAGAGCACGAAGCUCAAGAUCAGCAGGGAGGCUUACGACAAGAAUGCCGAGGAAGGAGAGGAAGGAGGAGACGCUCAGGAGAUCUGGUCUUUGGAGGCGGCUAACAUCGGAACGCAGCGCCCCGAGUGGCAGUUCGGACAAGUGCAGGUCAACACAGACACCGACUUCCGCGUCAACAUCAUAGGAAUGGCCAGCAACGGUGGUUUUGCCAUCGACGAUAUCAAGACUUACGGCGGAGGAUGCAGACUACGCCCUGAGGAUGCCGUUGCAAACGGCGAGGAGACUGCGACCGAAUAAGCUUAAGGAUAUACACAAAGAUUAGAUAUAUUAAAGACACAUAAAGUUGAUGAGAAAAGAAACUGCCCUGGAAGUCUGCCGCACCCGUUAGACGAUUCAGUGUUGUUUCUAUGAUAAAGAUUUGAUUAAGAAAUGGUAAAGAAGUUGUCUAUCAAUUCUUCAUUAUUUUAAGUUCUUAUAAUAAGUAACUCUUUUCUUAGCCAUUAAUGAAAAUCUGUAUGGAACAGGUAACUACCAAAGAAUAUUUGGCUUGUGGUGUAUGGUGCUUAAACUUUAUUGUCACCUGAGAGACUACCUGUUUUUUUGUUAGACUGAUAUAAAAUUACGUGAAGAAAAAUAUUGUAAAAUGUUCAAAUGUCUACAUAUUAAAAAAAAAUUACUAUAUCCAUUCUUAAAUGAUGUAAUGCCAUUUAUAAGUUUCAUUACUACAAAAAGGUAAAAAGAUAAAGUAUACAUUCUCUUCCCUCCUCCAUCCAUAAAGUAAUUAUCUGGUAUGGUGAUGCCUGGGUACAAAUUAUCCUUAUUCUUAUACUCUUUACUUAUACUUGUAACUUUGAAUACUUGUCCUAUUAAGGUUAAACAAAGAAAAUACCAAAAAAUA